AUACCGCACUAGUAUUUUACCAGUGCUUGUAUGGGGAAAUUACUUUUCUGUGUCUAGAACAGUGCGGUAUUCUUGAGUCGUAUUACGUGGUUGAUUAGCUUCACUUAUCAUGACCUAUCGCUCGAAGUGACAGCCGAACGCACGUAGGCCUACAAGCCGAGUAGACAGAAUGAUCAGGGAUCCUAGAGAAAGGAUGACUACGGUUAAAAUGCCGGAUGCCAAUGGUCAUACUAUGACCAUGGUUAAGUGGCAGGGGGAGUAUUUCCCACCCUUUCCAGGUACUGGGCCUCGUAUGGACAAGAUGAAAGAUUUACCAAUGAGGGAUAACGACGUCUUGAUUUCCUCAUACCCCAAGUCAGGAACACAUUGGGCAUGUGAAAUUGCAAGGAUGCUUGUUAGCAACAAGGCAGAGAACCACCAUGUUGAAGGUUUGGGAAAGGCCCCUGAAUACAUUGAUAUGUCAGAUCAAGAAUUAGUGAACAGCAUGAAAUCGCCCAGAGUCCUGUUUACACAUCUUCCAACAAAACACCUACCAAAGGGUGUGUGGGAAAAGAAAAUUAAGAUCAUCCAUUUGAUCAGGAACCCAAAAGAUGUUGCAGUUUCCUUUUUUAACUUUGCCCAGGCAUUCUCUGUGUUUGAAUAUGAGGGUAACUGGGAUGGCUUUGUGACACUGCAGAAUAGUGGACAUGUCCCAUCGGGAUCUUGGUUCAGAUACAUGUUGGACUGGUGGAACAGCCAGAAAGGAAACCCAAAUGUUUUAUUCAUAACAUACGAAGAACUCAGUGCAAAUGACCAAAAGGUUGUGAAGAAAAUGGCAGAGUUCUUGAACUGCACCAACACUGAUGAAUUUUAUGAGGAGGUGGGAAGAAAAUGCAGUUUCCACUCGAUGAAAAAAUCAAGAGAGGAUGCCAUGAAAAUCUUUUUUAGAAAAGGUCAAGUGGGUGACUGGAAAAACUGGUUUACUGUGGCGCAAAAUGAAGAGUUUGAUAAGCUAUUUCAGGAACAAAUGAAAGAAGCACCAGACUUAAUACCAAGGAUAAUUUUUGAUCUUCAACCACAAGGCCAUUGA